AUGAUUGGGUCUCCCGCCAAGCGAGUCUCCGUCCAGGCCUGGACCCUGGCCGACCAGUAUCUCUACAUCAUCUUGUCCCGGCCUCGUUAUUACUCCAGCAAGUACAUCGUUCCAGACGACAUCCGUCCCACCAAGCGUCGCGAAUUCCACGACUAUUUCGUCACUCAUUUGCCUUCCUCCUCCCUUCACCCGGAUCCCCGAGGUCCGUUGACGCCCUUCCACAAACUCCCUCGUUCUGCCUCAGUUCCUCAUACGGGCGAGAUCUCCCAUUCUCCGACCGCAUUUCAGCCCUUGGUCGACCGAGAUACCACCGUUGUUCGCAUCCCACUGCGGAGCGCGAAGCACCACUUUGGCGCUCACAGUUCCCGUGGCACCCGGCCUUACAAUGAAGACGCCUAUCAGGCUGGUGUCAUCGAUCUACCCUCCUUUGCGAAGCGUCCGCCGGCCUCUUUGACUAUCAGGCGCACUGGCGCAAACCCUGCCCCCAGGGAGAGUCGCGGGGCCGACACUGCGAGCGGGGAUCCACAGGUCUUCUACUUUGGUAUCUUUGACGGCCAUGGUGGGACGGAAUGUAGUACGUUCUUGAAGGAUUGGCUACACGAAUACAUCCAGGAUACUGCGGCUGCGUUCGAGUUGCAGUCCAGUCUACGACAAGACCGGAGCGGCCACUUUCCGCGGGGCGCGGAGCCCUCAUCGGGAGCGCUGCCGAUCGUCCAGGGCGGUAACUCCAAGCGAAUCGAAGAACUGGAGAAGAUCCUGGUGCAGAACUGGAAGACGCUGGUCGGAGGUUAUUUCAAGAGAUUUGUUCCGGCCCACUUUUCGCAUUCUGGAAAAGACUUGACGGUCGAGGGGGAUGCGGGUAAGGGGGUCACCAUCGAGGAGAUACUGGAAUAUGCAUUUCUCCGGACCGACCUGGAGUUUGUCUCGGCGCAAGCGGCCAAGCGAGACGAUGAUUUUAUGAAGGUCGGUCAGCCGAUGCAUCAGGAUGAUAUUUUGUACGGACCCAACCACACGCGAUCGUUGAACAUUGGCGGAGUCAAUCGCUUCAAGGGGGGCAGCACGGCCAGUGUUGCGCUCAUCUCUACCCCGACACCGAUGCCGUUUUGGCAUCCGAAUGCUCCGUCCAGCCUACUUGUGUCGCACGUCGGAGAUACUCGGAUCCUCUUAUGUUCCACUGAAACAGGUCAGGCCAUUCCGGUCACAUCCAACCAUCAUCCCUCGUCUCCCGUCGAGGCCAGUCGGUUGCGACGGUACGCCGCCACGUUCGUGACAGACUCUUUUGGAGAGGAGCGGAUGAGCGGGCUGGCCAACACCCGGUCCUUCGGGGAUGUCCAGUCCAAGCGCAUCGGCGUCUCGGCGGAACCGGAGAUCCACCGCAUCGAGAUGGGACCGGCCGAGUACUCGUUCCUGGUGCUGAUGUCGGAUGGGGUCAGCGGCACGCUGCUAGAUCAAGAAGUCGUCGACAUCGUCAAGGAAGCAAGGACCCCGGACCAGGGCGCUCGUGAUGUGGUCAGCUUUGCGACCGAGGUGACUCGCGAGGGCGACAAUGCCACCUGCCUGGUGGUCCGAUUAGGCGGUUGGGAGCGACGGCUGGAGGGAGGACUCGGCAGCUUGGGGACGAAGGAGUCUCGAGAAUGGCGUCGGCAAGAAGCGACAGAUCCGCGCAGGUCACGGAGAUGA